UAUUUUUGAUUCUCUUGUGACUAUGGCAACUCUAUCAAAAUUUAUAGUGUGACCAGUCUUUCUAAAUGCACCGAAAGUUUAAACACGUGUUGCAGCUUCAUAUUUGUUUUCUAUCUUUGCAAAUAUAGUAAAAAGUCGGACAAAACUAUGGAAACAGGUCAAUCAUAUAAAACAACACAAUCACACGGAACUAUCCUUGUAGAAACUUGUAAGACACUCGAUGAAUAUCGCAUUAAUUCCCUGAGGUCUGGAGAGGGUGAGUUGUUUCUCAAAGGCAUCCAUUCGCUAUGCACACCUGAAAAGAUAAUGGAAGUGGCAACGCAUUUUGGUGAAAUUUUUCAAAUGCGUUACAAGAUUGAUUACUAUGGCAGAGGUCGUGGCUUUGCUUAUUUGCAAUAUAUUGAUAUAACCAGCUCUGCCUUGGCUCUAAACAGCUUGUCCAAUCGCUUUCUCCAAAAUGGUCUAAAUGUAACAGUGAGAGUAUCGAAAAAUAUCAGGGAAUUGUCAUUGCAUGGCAUCAACACUCUUGCCCCGCAGGAAGUCUAUCAGCAAUUGCAAAAACUUUUUGAAUUUGAGAAAUUGACAAUUUAUGGCUACAGUCCAGAUUGCUAUCAAUAUAACAUACGAUUCGAGAACAAUGCUGCAGCAUGUCUGGCCCAUCUAUCAUUGCGAACGCACAUCGGUUUAUUUGGCAGCCAAGCCAAGGUCAUUUGGUUGCAUCUGAAUCAGCCAUUUCGUUCCAUAAACAUUAGUGCACAUUGUUGCCUUAAAUGGAAUAGGCAGAUUAUUAACAAAGAUGUCGACUUGUAUUUGCUCUGUCCCAACAAGUGCCGCUGUUCCCAGAUGCUUAAUCUAAUAAGGCUUACCUAGCUGUAGAGAUUGAAAUUUCAAAAUAAAGACUCUGAAUUCA